ACCUACUUAAUUAAGGUCAGCUGGCAUUCAAAUGUACCAAGUGUUUGCGCUUCAACCUCAAAUUCCGACCUCUUGAACGCUUCAAUUGGCAGCAUCCAGAAUGUCAUGUUAACAACAUAAUAUAUUGAACCUACAAUUGUAUACAUCAGGCCGAAAUGGAGGGAGGCGCGGCAGGCAGCAGCUCCGCGCCCGCGGACAGCGGUCGAUUGCACGUUUGGCUGCAUUCCAAGCUCUCGGGCGAUUGGAGCGCGCAGACAGCUGCUAGCGGACUUAACGAGGAGCGGCUCAAUGCGCUGGUUCGCACCUUCGGCGGCCUGGACAGCAUGGUCAAGGUGCGGCUGCUGCUUGCGGGCCUGUUCGUGCCUCGUGCCGACCGCCCCCGCCUGGUGCCGCUGCUGGCGGAGCUGAGCAGCGGCGCGGCGGGCAGCCAGGACGAGUGGGUGCGCGCCACUGCCGCCGCGGUGGGCGACUGGGCGGGGCCGUUGGACACGGCGGCGCUGGCGGCGCAGUUCCCGCUGGUGCGGGACACAGUGGCUGGGCUGCAGUCGGAGCUGCAGAGUCUGGGGCCGCACACGCCCGCGGCGCUACUGCCGCAGACGGAGCAGUACAUGCACCGCGACAUCGGCCGCCUGCCCCCAGCCGCCAGCGCCGGUGGCAGUAGCGGCGGCAGUAGCGCCAAGGCUGCCGCCGCCGCCGCCACUGCAGCCGUCGCCACUGCGGCGACGCCGCCUUUUCGGCUUCGCGAGCAGCCCUUGGUCUCCCUGACGGAUCUGGGGCUGGGGCUGGUCACGUGGGCGCCGCCGGGCGGGCCCGGCGGUGGCGGCGCUGCUGGCGGCGGCGCGGGCGACGGCGCCGCCGCAGCUGCUGGCGUGCUGGCUUUUGCAGACUCGGUUGGCGGCGGCGGCAGUGACCCGCUGGGUCGGCGCGGUGGUGUGGGCGGUGGUGGUGGCGGUGGUGCGGGCGAGGCGGCCUCCAUGCUACGUAGCCGUGCUGACGUCAGCCACAUCGGCGGCAUUGGCGCCGGGGGCGGCAGCGGCCGGGGGGAGGGCAAGCUGCUGCAGACGGUCCCCAGCACGCCCUCCGGCGGCGCCGCCAAGCCCGGCGUGUCGGGCGCCGCCGUGUCCCUCUCCGUGUCCGUGUCCGGCAGCGGCGGCGGCGCCAUGCGCUCCGGCAGCCUGGGACUCACCCUCAGCCGCGGCCGCUCACUGGUGGGGCCCGACCAACUGCCGCUGCCGCUGCCGCUGCCGCCGCUCAGUACCACAACGGCCGGCGGCGGCGGCGGAGUCGGCGCGGGAGCAGGAGCCGGCGUGGGAGCAGGAGGCGCGGAGACGCCCGCAUCAACGGGAGGAGGAGCAGGAGCAGGCGGCGGGGGCACCCCCUGGAGUGCGCAGCAGCAGCAGCACCCGGGGGGCCUGUUCAGCCCCGGCGCUGGCGGCGGGGGGGCCACGCCGGCGGCUGUGGCGGCGGCGGCGGGCGGCACUGUGAUUGCGGGUCCGGGCGGUCCUCUGGUGCUGGUGCCUCUGACGCGGCGGGAGUCGGGGGCGGGGGCCACACCUAGAGGCAGCACAGGGCCGUCCGGCGCGCCGCCAGUGGGCACCACCACCACCACUGCCGCCGCCACCCCCGCCAGCAGCGGCCCGGCCCCGCCCCCACCCCACAGCGCUGCGGUGCCGCACGGGCUCGGGAACCCCCUACAGCAGCAGCAGCCGCCAGUGCAGCAACAACAGCAGCAGCAGCAGCAGCAGCAGCAGCAGCAGCACAGCCACCAACAUCAACCGCAUCUGCAGCAGCAGCAGCAGCAGCAGACGGCUUCGGGCCACCCCCCGUUCUCACUGGCCUCAGCACUGGCCUCCGCCGCCGCAGCAGCCGCCCAGGGAGUGCUCAUGUCCCCGCCGCAGCAGAUGAUGCAGCCGCUACAGCUGCAGCCGCUACAGCUACAGCCGCUGCAGCUACAGCCGCUGCAGCUCCAGCCGCUACAGCUGCAGCCGCUACAGCUGCACCACCAUCAGCAGCAGGCGGGGAGCACCGCGGAGCCGCCGGGGGCAGGUGGUGGCGCCUUCCGCCGUGUGUCCGCCUUCUCACAAGGCGGGGUGGGACCUGGCGAUUACCUGGGGGAGGAGGACGGGAAAGAGGGGUAUGGGGGUGAGGACGAGGGCGAGGAGGAGGAUGACGACGAUGAGUGGGAGGAUGCGGACGCCCCGCUGGCGGGGAGAGCCAGGAGCGGCAACGCGGGCGGCUCUGAGGGGGGCGGCAAGAGGCAACGUGUCAUGGCGGAGGAAUUCUAGGGUGCCCGCGGACUAAGAUUGACUCCAUUGGUUGGAGUGUCUUUGCUUGCGCAUCAACGUGCGCCUGUCGCUCAGUUGGAUCCGGGUGCGUGCCCGUGCGUGCCGGCACAUAUCGAAAGCGUCCGUGAUCCUUGAAAUUGUGCAGAUAUGUAAGUCAACGCGCUC